AUGGAAACAAAACAGAACAGCCACAGUAUAAAGAACCUGAGGAGACAGUGUGGCUAUCAUAAGGGAUUGACUGUUGAUCCUAUUGGAAGAGCAGGUGGUCUCUGCAUUUGGUGGAAAUCAACGGUGGAAAUUGAAUUCUUAGAUGUAACAAAGAAUUGGAUUGAUGCAGUGGUAAAGGUGCCUUCUGAUUCUUUUUAUGGAAGAUGCACAUGGGUGUACGGUACGCCAUACAACAGCGAGAAAGUGGAGUUUUGGAAGACUUUGAAUGCUUGGGGGCGUAAAGAUCACAUUCCCUGGAUGGUUAUGGGUGAUUUGAACGAAAUUUCUUGGCAACAUGAAAAAGAAGGAGGAAAUGGUUGGAAUACUUCCCGCAGAAGAUUCUUAAUUGAAUUUAUGAACUCUUGUAAUUUGAUGGAUUUGGGGUUUAAAGGUCAAGGUUUCACGUGGGAGAGGCUCAUGGGAGACAAUGUAAUCCUGAGAGAGAGACUUGAUCGUGCUCUAGCCAACCCUGAAUGGCUUGAAGAGUGGCAAGGCACUUGUGUCACCCAUUGCACUAAGAUAGGAUCUGAUCACUGUCCUAUCCUUCUUGACAGUAACCCUGCCUGUCGCAGCAAAGGCAACAUUUUCCGUUUUGAAGCGAGAUGGCUACAUGAGGAGGAAUGUGGCAAUAUCAUCAAGGAUUGUUGGUCUGAUGGAGGCUAUGCCAAGAACGAUGUGAAAUGGACCCGCAACUUGCAGCUUUGCAAGACUCGCUUAAUUAGAUGGAACAAAGUCCACUUUCCUAACUGCAAAACUCGAAUAAGGGAGCUGACCUUGGAACUUGAGCAGCUCCAAAAUGAGAACAUUCAGGAUGUCUGUGUCCCCCAGCAAAGAAGUAUCAAAAUUGAGCUUGACAAACUCUGGAACUGGGGAAGAGCAAUAUUGGAAGCAACGCUCAAGAAUAUCUUGGCUCAAGUCUGGCGAUGCCAACUCAAAAUUUUUUCACAUUUCAACCAUUCAAAGGAGACAACGAAAUCGUGUAGUUAA